AUGACCAAGUUGUUCGGAAGCCGCUCGGCUUCGGCCGCUGGCACAUCUGACAACGAUUAUGAACUGGGUCCGACAAAAGCGCAGGCACAGGCACAGGCCAGCGGGCGCGAGGUUGACGGACGCGAUGAUGAUCCCUUGGCCCCGGGUUUGGUAGAAAGCAAUAGCAGCACCACCGGUCGGGCUAAGGGUGCUUCGCAGAGUCCCUCGCAGUGGGGAGAUCCCGCCCUGGCCGGCGACUACGAUUCGAGACCGAGAGACGCAGACGGAAACCCCCUCGUCGACGACGAAGCCGCCAUGGAGAAGCAGGACGAGGAGGACUCGCCCUACCCAGAGGUCCGCGCCGCCGUCCGAAACUACGACGAAGACGCCCCCUGCAACACCAUCCGCGCCUGGACCAUCGGCUUGGUCCUCGUCGUCGCCGGCGCCUCCAUGAACACCUUCUUCUCCCUGCGCUCGCCUUCCAUCGGCAUCAGCCCCCUCGUGGCCCAGAUCAUCGCCUGGCCCAUCGGUCAUGGCUGGUCCAAGAUUAUGCCUUCGAGACGCUUCAACACGUUCGGACUCUCCUGGAGCCUUAACCCCGGUCCCUUUAACCGGAAAGAGCACACCAUCAUUGUCGUCAUGGCCAGCGUUUCCUUCUCCGUCGCCUACGCCACCGACAUUAUUCUCGCGCAGAUGGUCUUUUAUAAACAGGACUUUGGCUUCGCUUUCCAACUGCUUCUGACCGUCUCUACUCAAUCCCUCGGAUACGGCAUUGCCGGUAUUCUGAGAAAGUUCCUCGUGUACCCUGCUUCGAUGAUCUGGCCCGGAAUCUUGGUUUCCGUGACUUUGAUGAACGCCAUGUACGACCGAAAUGACCGGCCCGACCCUACCAUCAUAGGAGGAAAGAUGCCGCGGUAUAAGUGGUUUGGUCUAGUCACAUUGGGCGCUUUCAUUUACUACUGGAUCCCAGGCUAUCUCGCCAGGUGUCUCAGCGUCUUCGCCUUCGUCACUUGGAUCGCCCCCAACAACGUCGUCGUGAACCAGCUGUUCGGCGGCUCGACCGGGCUCUCCCUCCUUCCCAUCACCUUUGACUGGACCCAGAUCACAGGCUUCAUCGGAUCACCGCUGAUUCCUCCCUGGGAGGCGAUUGCAAACACUUUGAUCGGUGUUGUUGUAUUCUUCCUGUUUGGAUGUUCCCUUCUCCAUUAUACAGGCGUUUGGUAUUCCGAGUAUUUGCCUAUGAGCGACUCGGGCACGUAUGACAACACCGGCAAGCCUUACAACACGACUCGCAUUCUCACCAAGGAUAUGACUCUCAACGAAGAGGCAUACAACAAUUACUCUCCGCUGUUUAUCAGCACCACCUUUGCCAUGUCUUACGGCCUUUCUUUCGCGGCAAUAUCUUCACUCAUCGUCUAUACCUACUUGCACAACGGCAAGCAGAUCUGGCAGCAGUAUAAGAACAGUGCGAAAGAGAAGCCAGACAUUCACAUGAGGCUCAUGAGCAAGUACAAGGAAGCGCCCAGCUGGUGGUACUGGGGCUUGUUCGCCAUUGUGCUCGCCUUGGGAUUCGUUUCCGUGCUAGCAUAUCCGACCAAGAUGACGUGGUGGGCCUUCCUCCUCUCUGUGGGCAUCUCCUUCGUCUUCUCCGUCCCCAUCGGCAUCAUCCAGGCCGUCACCAACCACCAGAUCGGCCUCAACGUGAUGACCGAGUUCAUCUACGGAUACCUCCAGCCGGGCCGGCCUCUGGCGCUGAUGAUCUUCAAAACGUUUGGAUACAUCACCAUGUCCCGAGCGCUCAGCUUCGUAGCCGACCUGAAAUUCGGCCACUACAUGAAGAUCCCCCCGCGGACCCUCUUCUGGGCCCAAGUCAUCUCCACCACCGUCUCGUGCGUGGUCCAGAUCCUCGUCCUCAACGUCGCCCUCAACACCGUCGACGGCGUCUGCACCCCAGACCAGCCCGACCGCUUCACCUGCCCCGGCGCGCGCGUCUUCUUCGCCGCCUCCGUGAUCUGGGGCCUCCUCGGCCCCGCGCGGAUGUUCUCCCCGGGCCAGAUCUACUCGGGCCUCUUCGCCUUCUUCGCCCUCGGCGCCGUCGUCCCCCUCGUCAUCUACUUCGGCGCCAAGCGCUGGCCCCGCUCGCCCUUCGGCUUCCUCAUGGCCCCGCUCAUCUUCGGCGGGCCCAGCAGCAUCCCGCCCGCCACCCCGCUCAACUACCUCAGCUGGGGCACCGUCGGCCUGACCUUCCAGUACUGGAUCCGCAAGCGCCACUUCAACUGGUGGUCGCGCCUCAACUUCCUCACCUCUUCCGGCCUCGACUUGGGCCUCGCCCUCGCCACCCUCGUCAUCUUCUUCGCCCUGUCUAUGCACAAGCUCGAGCCGCCCAAGUGGUGGGGCAACGAGGUGGUCAAGACGACGCUGGACUUCAAGGGCAAGUCGGUCCAGACCUAUGUCCCGGAUGGCCAGACCUUCGGGCCGAGUUCGUGGUAA